AUGUACCUAGCUCCCGAUCUACUUGAAGAAAUUUUACUUCGACUGCCCGCGAAAUCAAUCCUCAGAUUCAAAACCGUGUCAAAACAAUGGAGAUCGAUUCUGGAAUCGAAGGUUUUCUUAGAGAAGCGUAUGAGUCUCCAAAAGAACCAUCGGAAAAUCCUGGCCGCUUGCCGCAAGUGGCCAAGUCUCCGCUCCAAGCCGCAGUUCGUAGGUGACCAAGAGAUCGUCUUUGUGCCCUGCGACGCCGCACGACUCUCGAUGACUUGCGACGGUUUAGUCUGCUUCCCUGGACCAGAUUGGAUCAACGUUUUAAACCCUUCCACCAGACGAUUCCAUCGAUUCCCUUCCUGCUUAAACCGCCGUAAUCCAGAGAACAACAGAUUUUCUCUCGAUUGGGCAAUGGGAUUUGGUAAAGACAAAGUUACAGGAAGAUAUAAAGUAGUGACGAUGUGUUAUCCUGAAACUGAAGGAUGGGGUGUGAUGAAAUGUAGUGUUCUUGAUGUUGAACCUAGUACAUGCCGAGAUGUGAAUGCACCUAAUUUUAAUUAUCGGGACCUUGUGGGAACCAAAUCAGCCUAUGUGAAUGGAUCGAUAUACUGGUUAUACUUGUUAUACCAUGAGAGUGGUUACAAAUUACUAGCUUUUGAUCUUCACAAAGAAGAGUUCCAUGAUGUUGUCUCAUUUCCGGAUCCACUGAUUCCAUUCCUAUCUCAGAUAGUGAAUCUUAUGGAACGUUUAGCCAUAGCCGGAACCGUAACGAAAGUAGAUGGGUGUCGAUGGAUACUAGAGAUAAUGAGCAUGGACGUAGAAGAAGAAAUAUGGAGCAAGACUUACUCCGUUAGUAGAAUUUGGUUCGACUUCCUUCAGCAUCAAGAAGCCCUCGAAAAGUAG